AUGCAGACACUAUCACUUUUCCUUCUUUCGGCUUCUGCCGUCUCAGCAUACCCAUGGGUAGCUAACCAGCCUGGCGUCGACUCUUCCAUGCUGGGUCGCGCUCGCAAUGUGAAGAGGCAGAACAGCUGUCCCUUCAACGCAAACCACCAACCUGCUGCCCCUUAUGACUCCAAAUACCCGUACACAGGCGCACGAAACGGCGCUCCCGGUACCGGGAAAGGCGGCAUUAAGGUUCCCGCUGAUGGCGAUACUGCACACGCCUUCGUGGCGCCUGCCAAUCACAACUUCCUUGCUCACGAUGGUGUCACAACCUUCAACGAGCUUGUCGACGCUCAGCAGAACAUGUACAAUGUUGGCUGGGAUCUUGCUACGCUCCUUGCCACACUUGGUGUGCUCGCUGAUGGCGACCUCGUCAGCGGCAAGCUUAGCAUUGGUUGUGACGCCACUUCGCGUACCGCUACACUUGGUGGUGUCCUCGGCACCCAGCCAGGAUUGAACGGACACAACAAGUUCGAGGGCGACUCAUCACUCACUCGAAAUGAUUACUUCACCCACAACGGGGACAACUAUUCUUUCAAUGGCACCCUUUUCGCCAGAAUGAAGGAUGUUGCGGACCGCGUGUCCGGUGGUAACUUUGAUCGUAACACCCUCGCCGCGUACCGCAGCCAGCGAUACGACGAGUCCGUCCAGGAGAACGACAACUUCUUCUUUGGGCCUCUUGCUCUCUUGCUGUACGGAGCCUCUUCCUUCCUGUACGAGCUCUUCCCUAGCUAUGGUAACGAGGGUACCCCUGACCUCAAGACGAUCUCCUCCUUUUUCGGUACCACGGCCGACUCCUCAGCUCCAGGAGGUUGGAAGUACACAGCCGAGAGAAUCCCAGACAACUGGUUCAACCGUCGCGCUCCCUACACCAACAACGAUGUCACUAUCGAGAUUCUGUCCCAGUACGUUCAGUACCCCAAGCUCUUCGGUGGAAACGUUGGAAAGAACAACUUCGAUGCUUUGUCUACCCCCUUCGGCAUCAUUCGCGAUGGCAAGCUUCCCGAUGCUGCUACAGCCUCUGAUAUUCUCUGCUUGUUGUACCAGCUCGGUACGCAACCUGUGCCUUCCAGCUUGAGCGUGCUCACUGAUAUUCCUCUCACUCUUCUGAACUUGUCCAUUGGCAAGCUCAACCCGGUCUUCAAGAACGCUGGAUGUGCUCUUCGUCCUGAUCAGACCGCUCCCACCUCCUAA